AUGGCGCUGGUCAGCCUGCAUACACUUCUGAGCGCGGGCCGAGCGCCGCGCGCCGCCAAGCCGCCGCGCCUCGACAAGCGCCUCGCGCUCGCCAAGGACUCCUGCACCACGCUCACUGACAGCAUGGCGCUGGUCAGCCUGCAUACACUUCUGAGCGCGGGCCGAGCGCCGCGCGCCGCCAAGCCGCCGCGCCUCGACAAGCGCCUCGCGCUCGCCAAGGACUCCUGCACCACGCUCACUGACAGCAUGGCGCUGGUCAGCCUGCAUACACUUCUGAGCGCGGGCCGAGCGCCGCGCGCCGCCAAGCCGCCGCGCCUCGACAAGCGCCUCGCGCUCGCCAAGGACUCCUGCACCACGCUCACUGCCGUUGCAAGUACUCCAGUGACGGAAGCGAGCCAAGCCGCAAGCAACGUGGUCCUUUGCUCCUCCAUUUCGUCGCCGGAGCUGCAAGCCGGGCCGGGGGCGAAGCCCGAGCCGCAGGCGCCCGAGCCGGCCGCGGAGCCGCUGGACAGCUCCAAUAAUACGCAGGCGGCGCACGCGGCCUCUGAGACCAGCAGCGAUACUGGGGAGCUGAUGUUCAGCGAGCUGGAGGUGUUCGCGGACGAGGCGGGCGCGGGCGCUGCUGAUGACAACUCCAACGAGGAGAACGACGUCGACGACGAGACCAUGUCCGGCGAAAACGACAUCGAGGGCGCCGUCGCGUGGGGCCGCGCCGGCGACGCGGGCAGCGACAUACUCAGCCGCCUGCUGUGCGCUGUGCAGACGAGAGGAGUCACUGGGCACGGCGGCGUGACGCCGGCGGGCACGGACGGGUCGGCGCCGGCGCCGGUGGCGCGGCCCGAGCACGACCCGCAGCUGUCGACGGCCGCGCACACAGACAUGCUGCUGCUCAACCUCAUGCGCAUCAACGGACUCACGCCCAAGCACGCGCGGCACGGUCCAAAACGCCACUGGGCAGCCAGCACCCAAAGCCCCGAAAGCGAGCACCGCUCUCCAACCAACAGCGGGCAGGGAUCGCGAGGACCGCGCCGUGCUAGUACCGCCGCUUCCCGCUCACGUCGCCUGCCCCGCACACCUAUGUUAUCCCCGGGGCAGCUUAGGCAUACGCACCAUAGUGAACCAGUGAGACCUGCAGGGCUCGCGAGGACCGCGCCGCCUGCCGCACACGCCUAUGUUGUCCCCGGGCAGUUAAGACAUACGCAUCAUAAUGAACCAGUGAGACCUGCAGAGCCCGACCGCUCGGGGCACUGCUCGGGCGCCGGCGCUGGCACGUCGGCGAUCUCGACGGAGCGCGCGUCGUCGCCCGCGCUCGCGCUGCACGACUACUGGCCCUCCGUGUCGUCCGUCAGCGACAAUGACGAGGUCGAACUCAUUUUGGACUACAACGACACGCUUUUCGAUAUGCUGCUGAACACGCUAUCCCUGGAAAGUCCCGGCGCCGCGCCGGAAUGCCUCGGCUCUGAAACCGGCGCGCGCGCCGCCACGCCGCCAGUUCAGCCGUGGUCGCCGCCGUCGGCGCCGGCGCAGCGCGACUUGGAUUGACCCGGCGCGCCCCAACACCUGUGCGUGUGUUUCGCCGCGCCCGCCCGCUACCGUCGCGAGUACCACCACUGAUAGGCUUGGUUUCGAAAGAGGUUCCCAAUUUGCGUAGACGCAGAUUUUGACUAGGUGAGCUCGGUGUCAUACCGCGUGGGUCCCCGCGGAAUUGCGUUGACGCAGAUUUUGACUGGGUAAGCUCGGUCUCAAAUCGCUUGUGUCCCCG